AUGAAAGAAUCCCACGGCUACGAGUUUGAAUCUGUUAAUGACUUCACUUGUGUAACGGGCAUCCUUUAUUCCUGGGUUACGUCAUCGGUAUCUUAUUAUGUAACAGUUUUGUUCAGUUUGGAUAAAUGCAUCGCAGUUGUUUUUCCAAUCAAAUAUAAACUAUAUGGCAAAGCACGAGUAAGUUUAGUGGCUACUUCAGUCGUUUUGCUCCUGGAAUUUGUCUGGAAUUUUCCAUUGGUUUUCGUUUUCCGGAUAGAUUCGCAAUGGCUUUUUCAAUGCGUACCGCGUGAAUUUGGGCUAAUAAGUCCAAGAUACUUCCUUCGGCUACGGCCUUUAAUUGACAGCAUUUUAAACGGUCUGAUACCUGUUACUUUGGUGUUAAUAUUGACCACAAUCACCAUAGUGAAAUUGCAACUGAACGCCAGGAAGAAACGGAGGAAAGUAAGCUCGACGAAGAACAGAAACCACGAGAACGAGAUCACUCGCCAAAUGAUUGUCGUCUGCUUAUUCUUCGGAGUGCUUUGUCUGCUUCAUUCGGUCCUAACCUUGGCAAUAUUCAACAAUCCGAUGGUUACAAUAAAGCAGCAGGCAACAGGCUUCAUGAUGUUUGCAAUUGUACUGAAUACAAACUGUCUCAUAAAUUCAGCAAACUUUUAUAUCUAUAUUUUAUUCGGUAAUAAUUUCCGGUCCAAUUUUAUGGCACUCUUUGUCAGCAAAACUCCAGCCGCGAACAAUUGA